AUGACACACCCAGCUGAUAAUGGAACAGUCAUAACAAAAAAAAAGUCAAGUCAUACACGCGUCAAAUUUCAAGUUUGGAUCACACACAAUUAAACAAAAAAAAUGGCUCAUUCUAUUAUUACAAAUACUGCACGAAGGAUAUUGGGAAAUUCGAUCAUCACAAAUCAGUCCGAAUUGGUAAGAAAUUAUGCUAGUCUUGAAUGUAAAGCAACACUUGCAAAGCAGCCGCCACCACCAAAGAAAUGCACCGAUAUGCACAAACCGCUUGGAGAUAAAAGAUUCGCCCCGGUCACUCACGUCAUUUUUAACUUGGACGGAGUUUUGGUAAACUCGGAGCGUCUUAUCAUGCAGGCGCACAUGAAGUACCUGUCUCGCUUCAAGAAGCAUUACCCAUUAGAUCUGAGGAUGAAGGUACAGGGAAGAAGAGAACUAGACGCUGCAGCACUUAUAGUCAGGGAACACAAUCUACCAUUGACUCCCGAAGUCUACGCCCACGGGGUCCGCCAGCACGUCAGGGACCUCAUGCCUAAAGCAAAGAUCACCAAAGGAAUCAGAGAUCUCAUCUGUCACUUGUCUUUGAACAAGAUACCGAUCGCCCUGAACACGAGCAGCACUGAAUUCACCUUUCCGUGGAAGACGAGAGACAAGGACUUGAAAGACAUAAUGCACAGGUUCUGCCACAUCACAUACGGCACGGAGGUUAAGAACGGUAAGCCAGACCCGGAAUCUUACGUGCGCAGCAUGAGGAAGUUCGAGCCGAAGCCCAAGAAGGCGAUCAGCGUCCUGGCGAUCGAAGACAGUGAAGCCGGCGUGCUGUCCGCAAAAGCAGCCGGCCUCCAGACUGUUAUGUACCCCGACAUCCAAGCACCGGCAGAAUUCAGAAAACACGCUGAUUUAGUCAUUACUGACAUUACAAAGUUGGACCUUGACGAAUUCUCAUUGCCUGUAAUUAAAGCGGGAACGUAUUAUUAAUCCGUCCCGAUUCAAAAUGUGAUAAUAAGUUUUUGUAAAAUAUAUUUUUUGAGCUAAAA